AGGUCAAUGCCACCGGGACGUUCAACAUGAUUCGACUGGCUGCCGCAGCAAUGGCAGAGAACCAACCGGAUGAAGACAACCAACGUGGUGUCAUUGUAAACACAGGUAGCAUGUUGGCUACUGACGGAAUGGAGAAAACUGCGGCGUAUGCGGCUAGCAAAGCUGCUGUAGUAGGCAUGACACUUCCAAUCGCACGCGAUUUGGCGGAUCUGGGCAUCCGCGUGGUAACUAUAGCACCAGGCGCGUUCAACACCCCUAUGUUUGCCUCCGUACCUCCUGAGACUGAUUGGAUCCCGGUCGCACGCAAUCCCCGACGCAGCGGUAAUCCGGAGGAGUUUGCUCAUCUGGUUGAAGUUGUGAUUCAAAACCACAUGCUGAAUGGUGAAGUGAUUCGUUUGGAUGCAGCUGCACGCUAACCCAAAUGACUGAUUCUGGUACGCCCGCAGCUUUCCUCUACUGUUCAUUCAAUAAGCUCAUAAUCAGAUUUGUAACAGAACUUCCUGACACGUGGGUAAUGUUGCAUCUAAUUCGAAUACAAGGCAAUCAGCCAACCGCAACUUUCACAAAG